AUGGAUUCCAAUUUUGGAGUGGAAAAAGUUGUUGACACGACGGACGGACUGCUGAAGAAGGCGAUACACCCCUCAUCAUCCAGAUCACUGGCGAUUUCCAUUGAUUCAUUGGAUGAUGAGGAUUUGUUGGCAGCUCCGCGUGUUGGAGGUCUUCGGUUCCGUUGUCGACCUACCGCCAAUUUGUGCUGCAUUCCAGCGAGGUCCGGGGAUACGUUUUGCGCCGACAAGGAGCCUUCAGUCUCAGCCUGUAAUGGACUGCUGACAUCUAUUGAGUGGUUGGAGCUCCCACGUGCUCGUAGCUUAGUGCAGAGUUCCCCCUACAAUGAGCCAAAGGAAGAGUAUGCCAGUUUUCGUUACAUGAAGUUCUCAGAGGACGCUGGGUCAAGUGCACUUAUGGCGUCUGGCUCCGGUAUAGAUUCUCUAGAGAUUCUCUACCUCUACUCUGUUGCUAGUAUGAAAGAUUGUCAUUCGAGAUGGCGUUUGGCGUCCUCCGCCAAAUUUUCAGUCACACUACUCUCUUUACCCUUCAAGUUCACUUUACCAAGCAAUUUACCUACUCUUCGAGUUCCUCCCUCCAACUCCUCCUUUGCUCGAAUUGCAGGACUUUUGAACCCUCCACCGACUAGAUUAUUCCCAGCUCUCGCGACCUCCAAAUGUUCAAAGCUCUUGUAA